CAGGCGCGGCGCGGGCGGCUCCGGCCCGGGACAGGCGCGAUGGCCAGCAGCGACAGCAACCACGCCGUGGAGACCUUCCUCGGCUCCGAGGAGGACGAGGAGGCGGCCCCGGGCCUGGAGACCGAGGAGGAGUCGGAGGGCGAGGAGGACGAGUCAGUCGCGGAGUCCGAGGAGGAGCCGGACGCCAGGUUAUCAGAUGAGGAUGAAGAGGGAAAGACCAAGGAACAGUGUAUCAUCUCUGACCCUUCCUUUUCCAUGGUAACGGUUCAACGGGAAGAUAGUGGAAUCACCUGGGAGACCAAUUCAAGUAGGUCUUCGACUCCAUGGGCCUCAGAAGAGAGUCAGACGUCUGGUGUGUGUAGUCGGGAAGGGUCAACUAUGAAUUCUCCUCCCGGGAAUGUUUCCUUUAUUGUGGAUGAAGUUAAGAAGGGUCGGAAAAGAAAGCCCAAGUCAAAGCAUGGUUCACCAUCGUUGCGGCGGAAAGGCAACAAAAAAAGAAAUUCUUUGGAAUCCCAAGAUGUUUUAGCAGAUGAGAAAGGAACUCCUUUAAUUUCAGAGAGCCAGGCACUAAACACCCACAAAGAAAAUUUUUCUACUGGAAGUUAUGAUAGAACAAGAAAAAAGAAGACCACCUCAAAUACACCUCCUAUUACUGGGGCAAUUUACAAAGAACACAAACCAUUCGUGUUAAGACCAGUCUACAUAGGAACAGUGCAGUAUAAAAUUAAGAUGUUUAAUUCUGUUAAAGAGGAAUUAAUUCCUUUGCAAUUUUAUGGGACAUUGCCAAAGGGUUAUGUAAUUAAAGAAAUACAUUAUAGGAAGGGGAAAGAGGCAUCCAUUAGUUUAGAGUCCGAUUUGGACAAUCGUGAUUUUAAUAAAGGCUUUAAAGCAAGUAGAUUAGGAGCCCAAAGCACAGGAGAUGAUAAGAUAAAAGAGCCUGCAUCACCCUGGAGAGGUGCACUCUCCUCCAAAGCAUCGAAGUCUCUGACCUCAUUCAGUCAUGAAGAUCAGAAGAAAACUUAUGUUGAUUCUCCCCAGAAGCCCACAUCUGCUGCUGAGCAUACAGUUUCGUCUUUGACGACUAGUGACACAGCAGUGCAGGAACAUCUCACUUCACAGUCAGUUCCGCCACAUCCAAGCACAGAAACCAAGUCCAGUGAAAUGGAGCCUACCUCUAUCACCCCGGAUACACCAGCAACGGUGCCUCUGGAAGCAGCCAAGGAAGACCUUGAGUCUGAUUCACAAGAACUGGUAACUGCGGAGCAUGACUCCUUAGUCUCUCCUCCUUUAGUGGAAGAGGUGAAGGAAUUCAAGGAUUCAUCCAAUCUUUCUGUUUCCCUGGAGGGGGAGAAUGACAUUCUGGAAACAGCUUCAUCAGGUCAGGCAGCAUCUGCCCAGGAAGGUUUGAGCCCAGAGAAAAAAGAGAUAGAUGUGACUUCACUAGAAAGGGAAGAAUCAGUGUCUGAACAGCAGACCACUCCUCAUCUUGAUGUCCAAGGAGAGAAGGAGGAAAAGGAGCCAGAACCAGCUGUUUCUCUUUCUGAACCUUCGAUAUCAGAGGAACCACAAAAAGAAGAAAAAGAAGCUUUUCUAUCAACAGCUGCUAUCCCUGAAUCUACAGGUUCUAAUUUAGUAGAAGAAGAGAUCAAAGAACUUGGUUAUCUGGAAAGUCCAUUUGUUUCUGAGAAGCCCUUCCCACCACAUAUGGCCCCUGAAGUGGAGCAGAAGGAAGAGGAGCCCAGUCUAGCCACACCAGCUACACCAAUGCCUGAACAUGUUAUUUUAUCUGAGGAAGAAAGAGAGGAAAUUGAGUCUGUUUCUACAGACUCUGCUUUUGCAUCAGAGUGCUCAGUGCCACAGGAUUUGAACUAUGAACUGGAGAAGCAAGAACUUGAACCACUAUCACCUGCUGAUGUAAAAACUGAAUCUGCACGUGAAGUUUUCUCAGAUGAGAAUGAGGCAUUUAAAUCUUAUUCCCCAGCUUCAGCCUCUGUAUCUGAACACUCUCUAUCACCGGUCAUAAGUGAGAAGCCUUCAGAAUGCCAGUCGCCACAGUUCUCAGCAGGGACCUCAGAACACACGGUUCUAUCUGAGGAAGAAGUUUCAGAAAGUGGGCAUUACACACCAGAUUCCACAUCUGCAUUGGAAGAGACAGUUCCUUCACUCGCAGUAAAAGAACCAGUAAAGCAGAUGGUUGACCAGAAGUCCCCAUUAAAAUCGAAAGGUGUUUCUGAGCAUACCAUUUUAUCAGAAGAAGAAAAGAAAGACACUGGAUUGUCUUCCCCAGAGGACAAAGUGGCCUCUGAGUCUAAACCCUCUGUCUCACCCUCCACAACUGAGAAAACUUUGGGAUUCCAGCCUCCCCUUUUCCCCACAGCUAUAGGAGAACACACAAUUCUGUCUGAACAAGAGGCCUCAGAAAGUGGACAUUACACGUCUGAUUCAGUACUGACUUCUCAAGGUGUAGUUCCAUCAGAUGUAACAUCAGAAUCCCCACAGAAAAUAAUUGAUGUAUCACCAUUAAAACCAAAGGGUGAUUUUGAGCACACCGUUCUAUCAGUCGAAGAGAAGGAAGAUAUGGGUCUACACUCCCCGGAGUUGGGCACUGUGUCUGAACCAUCUCUCCCACCACACAUGGCUGAGAUGACUACUGAAUGCAAGACUCCACAAUCUCCUGCCACCCCCUCUGAAACUGUGGACCUAUCAGAAGAGACAGUGGAAAUAGAGCGAUACACGCCCUCCUCCAUCUCUGCUUCUGAGUUUUCAGUCCCAUCAACAGAAUCACAUGAAGAAAUUGAUCACAGAUCCCCCCUAAAUCUAAAAGACAUCUCUUCCCCAACAGAUUUCUCAGAAGAAGAACAAGAAGAUAUUGGACCCUUUUCUCCAGAUUCAGCAUUUGCAUCAGAAUUCUCAUUCUCACCCUAUGCAAUGAGGGAAACAGAGAAAAGAGAAUUUGAAAAUGAUUCUCCAAUAUGUUUAACAUCACCAUCUGAACACACUAUUUUGUCAGAUGAAGACACAGAAGAAGCUGAUCUUUUUUCUCCAGACUCAUCAUCACAAGUUUCAGUUCCACCAUAUAGAAUCCCAGAAACAAAGGAAAGUAAAAUUGAGCCUGAUUCUUUGUUGUCUGAUAUGUCUACUUCAGCAUAUUCCUACUUCUCAGAAACAAAUAAGGAAGAUAUUAUAUCAACAGCUGCUAUACCUGUGCCUGAACAUCUCAAAAUGUCUACAUCUGAAGACUUUAGUCAGUUACAUAAAUCAGAGGAAGCAGAAUUUAAGCCAAAUGUACAAGCUCCCGCAGCAUCUGUAUCUGAGUAUCUUGUCUCAGCACAGAAACAAGGAACUCAAGCGUCUUUAGAACCCAAGACUGAAGAAAUGAUUCCACCAUAUUUAACUAGUGAAUCAGAGAAGGGAGAAAUUAAGGCUAGUUCCUCGGUAGCUGCAACACCUGUUUCCUUACCAGUGCAAACAUCCAUGGUAGAUGAAGAAACCAAAACUGCAUCUCAGCAUUUGGUUUCACCCGAUUCAGGCCAGACAAAUAAAAAAGAACAUGAACACAAAGCAUCACUUACUCCAAAAUCUGCAAAUGAACAGAUGGAUUCAUUCAAAGUUAAAAGUAAGGAAGCAAUUGUGCCCGAUUCUCAAGAAGCUAUUGCACAUGUAUCACAGGAUCAAGAAAUAGAGCCUAAGUCUCCAAAUGUUCCGGGGUCUGGGAUGAAAUAUUCAGUUCUUUCUGACUUGGUAGAUGAGCCAAAGGAGGAUGUAAAACCCAAUUUAGUUCCAACUGCGACAUCUGAACUAGAUCAUAGAAUGUUAUUAGAGAAUGAGCCUGAAAUAAAACAGCCAUAUUUUCCUCUAAAGGAAACAUCUUCAUCUGGGCCUGAGGCUUUAUCAGCAGAGAAAACAGAAGUAAAACCUGAUUCUGAAAUAACAGUUACACCUGGAGUGCUCCAUUCAGCUUCACUGGGAGUCGAAAAGGAAAUUAAACAUGGGCCACCUGCACAAGAAUUCUCAGCUUUGUCAGAAGAAAUAAAGAAAGAAGUUGAAUCCAGCUCUUCAAUAACUGCAUCUGUCACUAAGCAGGAUUCCAGUUCAACCAAAUUAGCAAAAGAAGAUAUCCCAGCAGAUUCCUUGCUUUCCAGUCCCAGAGAACAACCAGUCUUAACAAAAGUAGGAAAGAGUGAAUUAGGAAGUGGUUUGUCACCAGUGACAACACCUAUAGAAGAACAUUCAGUCCUGAAAGAAGAAGAGAAAGGAGCAAUUAAAGAUAGUUCUUCUACUGAAACUACUGUCUCCAAACGUUUGGUUUGGUCAGAAGUAGAAAAGGAAAUUAAAUAUGAUUCACCUUCAAGCAUAUCCUCCAAAUUAGAACAUUCUGUCAUAUUAGAGGUAGAAACUGAAGAAGUAAAACCUGGAUUGCCAAUAACCAAAACAUUGUCUACUCAGCACUCAGAUGUGUCUAAGAAAGCUAAGGUGGAAAAUGAACAAGGUAUUUCUUUUUCGAACAUCCUUGACUCUGAAAAUUUGGUUGUAUCUCAGAAAGAGAAAUAUGUGUCUUCGUCAAAGGCAUCAGAACCUGAACACAAGCUUUCAUUCCACCUAGGUGGUGAGACAAAGGAAAAAGAAACAGAAAUUUCUUCCUCGGAGAAUGUGUCACUUGCCCCCAAACAUACAGUUCCUAAAGUCAAAACUGAGGAAAUGGCAAAAUCUUCUCUUGAGUUGGAAAAUCUAAUGUCAGAAGAGGUAGCUCCAGCAUUCCCGACCUUCAGUGAUCAUCAGAAUAAACAGGCAGUGGAGACAGCAGAUGCUACAGAAACACAGAUGAAGGAAGCCCUUCAUUCUCCACAGAGAGUAGAGCCAGGAAGAGAUGUGGCAAGUCAUCCUGAAGAGAAACAGCCACAGUGGGGAUCCAUGCAGCUGGGCUUCUCCAACAACAAAGAUGCUCAGAUGACAGGGCAGCUCAAGCCUGUUCAGCCUCAUGAAGACCAGGCAGAUAAAAUCAGAAAGCAGAUUCAACCAAGUUCUGCUGAAGAAUCUUAUUUCUCAUUACAAGAACCAAAAUCUUCAUUUCACACUGAAAUUAUAGAGAGAGAUGAAGUAGAGAAAAAACAGAUUCAUUCUCCUGAGAGAAUCCAUCAGAAAUCAGUGUCUGGACCAUCAAUGGAACAUGUCAGAUCAGAAAUGAUGCCCUCUCCGGCUAGAGUGGCCCAUUUCACCAUAGAAGGUGUGGGAUCUACUCUGGACAAUGAAAAAGAAGUACAGAGGCAGACAUCUGUACCUGGAGAGAAGUCACCAGAAGACUCAAAACUGUCCAAGGUUGUAGAUGAUACUACUGAGCAAGGGAAAGCAGCACCGGAAGUGAGAAUACCCACUUUGGCAAAACCCCUCUCCUCAAGCCUGGACAGUGAAUCCCCUGAAUCACCUGAGGUGAUGCAAGAGCUGCCAAAACAAUCAAAAGCAGCUGAGUCAGGUAUCUCUGAGGAAAAGGGAAAGAAAGGAAUUUCAUCUUUUACAUCAUGGAUGUCCAGUUUGUUUUUUGGAUCUAGCACACCAGAUAACAAAGUUGCUAAAAAAGAUACAGACACACAGCCGAGUUCAUCUGUAGAAACAGAGGGAACUGUGGUAGAUUCUAAAGGUCCAACUCCAACUGAUUUUAUGAAAAAACCAGCUACUGAUCACCUAAUGCCAGAGGCAAAACUUAAUGUUGCUGAAGAACCCAGAAGUAUUUCAGUUAAAUCUGAUGAAGGUCAAAACUUGAAAGAAAAACCCACAUUUUUGGCAAAUGUAGAAGUUUCACCACAGUCAAAAUCCAACUUGGAGGAAUCUAGUAAAGAUAAUUGGCAGAAAGAAAUCUUAGAUUCUGCAGAAGGAAGGGAUCUAAACUUGGUAGUUUCAUCUGCUGAUGGCAAGAAGCAUCAUGAAACUCAAACUUAUUCCCCCAUGAAUGAAAAAUCCAUUAUGGAAGAAGCCAAAAAUGAGAUUCCUAUUCAAGUAACUGAUAGUAAAAAAUUACAGGAGAGAGAAAUUUCUCCUUCAUCUCAAUGGAAUAUUUCUAUUCUAAAGGAAGAGCCAAGAAUUGAUCAAAAGGAAAAAUCACCCUUUUCCUUUGAUGCUGUAGAUACGGUGCAACAGCCAAAAUUAGCUUCAUCUAACUUCACAAGUGAAAAUAUCAUGAGGGAAUCUGUGAAGUCAGAGUCAAUAAUUUCUCCAAUAGAAGAAUCUAAAGACAGUUUAAUUGAUCUUGGUGAAGACAGACUAAAGAAAGAAAUGCCAAAACCGACUUCCUUGAACAUUUCUGGUGAGGAACUAAAACUCAGAUCUGUUAGCCCAACAGAAGUGAAAGAUCACUUAGAAACCAGAUCAUUUUCUUUAGAAAAGAAGGUACUGGCAGUAAAACAAGAAACUGUGGGCCCAUUCGACCUUGGACAUAAUAAUGAAAUAGAGAAGGUACAAAUUAUGCAUGGAUCUGGCCCCAUUAAAUCGGAAGAAUCAAAAGCUGCUGCUGUGCUGCCGCAAUUCUGUCAAAAUGAAGACCACAAGGAGAGCUACACAAUUAUUGAGGAGGAGAAAGGAGAAGAAGAAAGGCAAUCCCAUGUAUUCCGAGAAGAAAAGAAGCAGUGGGAGAUUGAGCCUUAUUCUGUGACUGGAGCCAAGUUUAAGCCUGAAGAAUCAGCUAUAUCUUUGGAUCAUUCUUUGGGUGAAGCACAACCAUCUUCAUUAGUUAAAGCUGCAUCUGUUAUGGAAAAACCAGAAACCACAAUUUUAGAGACUUACCCCCAAAUUAGGGAAACAAUGGAGACUCAACCACAGCUAUUAAGAGAAACUGAAGUUUUGGUGGAGAAAGCCAAGACCUCCCUUCCAGGGGAUCUUUCUUAUCGUGAAGAAAUAGAUGACAGGUCUCUGCCUAACAAAGGCAACCUGAUAUUGGUAAAACCAAGCAGAGAUUUGAUGAGUCAUAGUGAAGAAAAGGGAGAGGUCACAGUGUCAGAUUUUGCAAAAGGCGGUUUGGUGGAUAUAACAAAAGAAAGUAUAAAGCAAAUGUCUCAAACUGAAGAGUCUGAAAGGAUUUUUGAUUAUGCUUUUGAUAAAACGAAGAGCACAGAAACACCAUCCCAUUUGGUCUCACCUGUAGAACCCAAAAAAUUUGCUUCAGGAGCUUCACCAGAAAUUAGUACAGAGAAGAAACAAGGAGGGCCAUGGUCAGAAAUGACUGUAGAUAGGCAUACAGUCCAUACCAUUCAAACUUCUAGGGAUGAAACAUCUGAAAUAUCUAAACAGUCUGUUCUCAUGUCAAAGCACCACUUGGAGGCUGUAGAAAGUGCUCGUGUAAAUGAAUCAUAUUCUUCACCAGAGAGUAAUUAUGCUGAAUUUAUAACAAAUGCAUCAAAAACUGAUGCUGAUAAAAUGGUUUCCACUAAACAAAUAUCUAAAGAGACCGAUGAUAUAUAUGUAAAAGGUGACAAAUUCGCAGUGACCAGUAAGCCAGCUGGACUUUCAGAAGAUCAGAAGAGUGCCUUCAGAGUCAUUUCUGAAGGCUGUGAGAUAUUGAACAUUCAUGCUCCUGCAUUUAUUUCUUCUGUUGACCAGGAAGAAAGUGAACAAAUGCAAGAUAAGUUAGAAUAUUUGGAAGAAAAAUCCUCAUUGAAGACAAUUACGCACCAUGAUACUAAUGAAGCUGCUGCUUGCCAUAAAACAUUAAAGAGUGAGUUAGACGAUUCUGAUAGAAAAGUUACAUCAUUGAAAGAAAAUAAACCAAGGGGAGCUUAUAACACACAAGAGGAGAUGACCAUAGAUUCAGAAACUGGUGACUUAGCCUUUAGCCAGCCUACAAUUCCCAGUGAAGAGGAUUAUUUUGAAAAAUAUACAUUAAUUGAUUAUAACAUCACCCCAGUACAAGAAGAGCAGAAAGAUCCAUGGAAAUUAAAUGUUGAAGCAGAACUUUCAAAGGAGGCUACAGAAGAAGCAGUGUCUUUUCCAGAAAGUUCAGAGGAAAGUGCCCUGGAACAUGAAUAUGAGUUGGUCAAGCUAGAUGAAAGUUUUUAUGGAAUAGAUAAAGACUAUAGCCAAUAUUCUCCUUCAAUGACCCAAAAGUCUCUGGAUAUCCAAACAUCAGCUGACAGAGAUGCUCCAAAGGACAUAAAUAGAGAUGUGGACUCAAAGUCACCUGGAAUGCCUUUGUUUGCCGAAGAGGAAGGAGUUUUGUCACCAACACAGAUAUUUUCUACCACUCCUAAACCCAUUAACCCUGAACUCCUGGAAGAACCACCUGCGCUUUCAUUUUUAUACAAGGAUCUGUAUGAAGAAGCAGUUGCAGAGAAAAAGAAAGAAGAGGAGACAACUUCUGAUGGUGACAGUGUGAAUUCGGAGGCAUCAUUUCCUAACAGACAUUCUGACACUGAUGAAGGAACAGGACUAUAUUUUGAGAAGUACAUACUCAAAGAUGACAUUCUGCAUGACACAUUUGUAACUCAGAAGGACCAAGACCAAGGUCUUGAAGAAAAACCAGUUGGUAAGGAUGAUUCAUACCAACCGAUACCUGCAGAAGGGGAAGUUGGGGAUAAGUUUGAAACUAUUUCAGAGAAGAGUUUUGGAAAGGACCAGAAAGCACUUUACAGGGAAAGAGAACCAGUGGGUCACGUGGAGAUAAAGGAAACAAAACAGAGGAAAACUCCUGUCACUGAGGAAGUCACAGUGGUUAGCCAGAAGAUAAGCUAUGCAGUUCCAUUUGAAGAUACACAUAAUGUCCUGGAGACAGUAGAUGAAACAAGCAGUCAGGGUAAUGAAGCAGGGAAUGCUAGUCCACAGGUCAAUCUGAAUGUUCCAGUAGAGGUGUCCUUCUUAGAGGAAGAAUUUGCAAUGGGUGCGACUUGUAUUCAAGAAACUUUGCAAGAAGAACCAAAAACAGUGAUCCCAUCUGAGCCAAGUGAAGCUAGGCCCCGCAAUAGCCCUGUUCAGGAUGAGUAUGAAUUUGCUGAAUCCCUGAGUUAUGAAGUGGUUACUCAAGAUGUUUUAUCAGAAGAACAACAUUCAGAGCCCCUGCCUGAAGAUGUAUCUCAAGAAAAGGAAUCUUUUGAAUUCAUCAGUGAAAGUGAAUUUGUGAAUCAAGUGGAACAAAGUAUGUCUAUUGAACCACAAGAGUUGGGCAGAGAGAAAACAGAACAAGAUCAAGUCUCACCAGAGGUAGUAAUGGAAAAUGAUCAAAGAGAAUCGAAGAAGACCCAGGUUGAGACAUAUUGCUACACCUGCAAAGGUCUAAUUUCUGCUGCUGACAAGCUCCUUGGCACCCAUAAAGACCAUGAGGUUUCAACGCUUGACACAGCUAUAAGUGCUGUAAAGGUUCAGUUAGCAGAAUUUCUAGAAAAUUUACAAGAAAAGUCUUUGAGGAUUGAAGCCUUUGUUACUGAGAUAGAAUCCUUUUUUAAUACCGUUGAGGAAAACUGUAGUAAAAAUGAGAAAAGGCUAGAAGAACAGAAUGAAGAAAUGAUGAAGAGAGUUUUGGCACAGUAUGAUGAGAAGGCUCAGAGUUUUGAGGAAGUGAAGAAAAAGAAGAUGGAAUUCUUGCAUGACCAAAUGGUCCAUUUUCUGCAGAGUAUGGAUACUGCCAAAGACACCCUGGAGAGCAUCGUGAGAGAAGCAGAGGAGCUUGACGAGACUGUGUUCCUGACUUCUUUUGAGGAAAUCAAUGAAAGGUUGCUUUCUGCAAUGGAGCGCACGGCUUCUUUAGAGGACAUGCCUGCUGCGUUUUCACUUUUUGAACAUUAUGAUGACAGCCCAGCAAGGAGUGGCCAGACGUUACAAGUGGCUGUCCCACAGCCUCCAAGGUUAGAGCCUCAGGAGCCCAAUUCUGCCACUAGCACAACGAUUGCUGUUUACUGGAGUGUGAACAGGGAAGAUAUUAUUGACUCAUUCCAAGUUUACUGCAUGGAGGAGCCACAAGAUGACCAAGAAUUAAAUGACUUGGUAGAAGAGUACCGAGUGACGGUGAGAGAAAGCUACUGCGUUUUUGAAGAUUUGGAGCCUGACCGCUGCUAUCAAGUGUGGGUGAUGGCUGUGAACUUUACUGGGUGUAGCCUGCCCAGUGAAAGGGCAUUUUUCAGAACCGCACCUUCCACCCCGGGGAUCCGGGCCGAGGACUGUACUGUGUGUUGGAAUACAGCCACAGUCCGCUGGCGGCCUGCUAACCCAGAGGCCACCGAAAGCUACACGCUGGAGUACUGCAGACAGAACUCUCCAGAGGGGGAGGGCCUCAGAUCUUUUUCUGGAAUUAAAGGACUACAGCUGAAAGUUAACCUCCAACCUAAUGAUAAUUACUUUUUCUAUGUGAGAGCCAUAAAUGCAUUUGGGACAAGUGAACAGAGUGAAGCUGUCCUUGUUUCCACCAGAGGCACACGAUUUCUCUUAUUGAGAGAAACAGCUCAUCCUGCCCUCCAGAUUUCUUCAAAUGGGACUGUGAUCAGUUUUGCUGAAAGAAGACGGUUGACCGAAAUCCCAUCUGUGCUGGGUGAGGAGCUGCCUGCUUGUGGCCAGCAUUACUGGGAAACCACAGUCACAGACUGUCCAGCGUAUCGACUUGGCAUCUGCUCCAGCUCGGCUGUGCAGGCCGGCGCCCUGGGACAAGGGGAGACUUCAUGGUACAUGCACUGCUCUCAACCACAGAGAUACACAUUUUUCUACAGUGGCAUAGUGAGCAACGUUCAUGUGACGGAGCAUCCCAACAGAGUGGGUAUUCUGCUGGACUACAUCAACCAGAGGCUGGUUUUCAUAAAUGCUGAAAGUGGACAGUUACUCUUUAUCAUUAGACACAGGUUUAAUGAGGGGGUGCACCCUGCCUUUGCCCUGGAGAAACCUGGAAAAUGUACUUUGCACCUUGGAAUAGAGCCCCCAGAUUCUGCAAGGCACAAGUGAACAUUGACCUCCUGUUUGCCAGAACAAUAAUUCAAAUAUUGAAGGGUUUGGGCUUCUUUUCUUGGGAUGAUCUACAGCAUUCAGAAUGUCUCCCACACCUUUGCACUAGUGAUAGCUACACUCAGAGUGGUCAGAACAUGAGCAAAACCACUAAGAAGACCAACUCUCUAGAGCAGUGUGUGAGUGGAAAAGGUGGAGAAAACAGUCUUCUACUUAAGUUUGUGCUCUUCGUGGAAUUAAGAGAAUUUAUGCCUGGCUUGGGAAUCAAACAGAGAAAUGAUCUUCCAUCUGUUUUAUUAGUAAAGGAAAUCCUCACUGGACAGGUAUAGAGCAAAGAGAAGAUUAUGCUGUCAACCAUAUCCUCUGACUAGAAAAAGACUUUUUCCAUAAGAAAAAUGUCACCUCACUUCACUAAUGGAUGAUGAAUCCUAAUCAUCAGAGAAAGAGAGAGUUUAAACUGUUCUAAACUGAUAAUGAACUCUUUUGUAAUAAUACAUACUGUAGAACUAGAGUCUCUUUCCCUUGACAUUUCAAAUGUAGAAAAGUGCUAGAUACUAGACAUUUCCAUUUUGUUAAAUAAAUGGUAGAGGUUAUAAAACAGAGCGUAUUAUGUGACUUUAUUAUUAGUAAUUUACCAACCAGUUUGGCAUCUCUGAACCAAGACAAGGUGCAGAAUAAAUAACCAUCACAUUUCAGUGCUAUGAUAAAUUUUGUGCUAUGAUAAAUUUUCAUGUGAGAGUUUUACUUACAUUUGUUUUGAAGUCCAAAUAAUUUCAUACUAUCAUUAUACUCAUCUGCAAGAAGCCCAGACUUUUUUGUAAAAUAAAAUGAUCUGUGAUUUUUAGAUAUCUCA